GAGAAGGAAACGUCAGAUUUGUUAUCGUUUGGCCGACCGCGUCUCACUGGGUUGAAAGUUCUUGUUAUUAGUUUGUCAGUGAGUUUUAACAUCUGAAGCCAUGGCUGAGAGAAAUGGGCAGCUGAAGUCCGUGGUGAUUCGCAGCUUCAGGCGGUUCAGCGAGCGAUGUUUUCCAGAGAAAGCUGCCAGAAGCUCGAUGUUAGAUAAGGAGCAAGAAGAGGCGUCGCACUUGGGAUAUUUGGACAGCUUUCCUGUCGACGUGCAAUUCCUGAUCAUGACCUUUCUCUCUCCUGUGGAUAUCUGCAACCUGGGAGCCACUUGUCGAUACUGGAGGGCCAUGGUGAGAGAUCCGUUACUGUGGAAAUUCUUCCUGUUGCGGGACAUGCCACAUUGGUCAUCCAUCGAUCAUCUGACAAUGCCAGAUCUGGAGUUGCUGGAUGCACCGCUAGUCAGUGAGCGUGAAAGUUUGGAUGACAGAAAAGAAGAGGAAGAGAAAAAUAGGGAACUGAAAUGUGACUACAUGUCCGAAUACCUGAAAGGUUGUCCAUCCUGCAGACAGCAGUGGUUGCCCUCCCGACCAGCAUAUGAACUUCUGACCUCAUUCCUUCAGUAUCUGGUGCCCUCAUCCGAACCUCGCUAUGCAAUGUUUGGGCCUGGCAUGGAGCAGCUAGAUGUCUCUUUGGUCACAAGACUGAUGCAUGCCCCCGAUCUGCUACCUGUGUCAGGUACUCCACACAGGCAGAUAAAUGGUAUUGGCUCUGGGAUCAGCUACUUGUUCAACAACCAACACAAAUUUAACAUCCUAACGCUAUAUUCCACAAACAAAGCCGAGAGAGAAAAAGCACGACUGCAGCAGCAGAGCAUCAGCAAUAAGCUCUUUAUCUUUGAAGGAACUGAUGACGCGGGUUAUCCAGUGUAUACUCCUGCUCCUCAGGUGCAGAAGGUGUGCCAGGAGGUGGAUGGCUUCAUUUAUGUUGCCAAUGCAGAACCUGGAAAAGGUGAUGGGGCGUCUGAGGCCGCCCAGAUUAGAGCUGUGCUGAAUUUUGUUGGGGAUUCCACAGCCAAGCCACUACUGGUGCUCUCCUGCGUCUCACGGGAACCAGAGGAAGCGAGUGAAGGAGCCAAAUGUCGGACACCCUGCGUUUAUGUGGCAAAGAGACUUGGCCUUCCUCAGCUAUCUAAUCGCUGGAUGGUGCAGGAUACAGUGGCAGAAUCAUUAACAGGGGUUUUAGAUGGGAUUGCCUGGCUGCUGAAGUCUUCUGGCGUCAAAAUUUAGGGAUGAUAUAUUGGUGUGCCCCAAUACCAUCAAAGAGAAUUUGACCACACUGCCACCUAAUUUUGAUGUCAGUAUCCACCACUUUAUUAUUUUCACCUUGUAAGCUUAGCUGUCUGAUCUGCCAAAAUCUUACUUGAGGGAAGUAAGUGGAGUUAAAUUAAAAGGUUGAGCAGCAAAGAGGAAAACUGGGACUCAUGUGAAUGAGCUAGUAGAGAUAUCUUUUUUUAAGUGGUGCAAGUGAAGGAAUUCCAAUUGGGCUGUAGAGCGUAGAAACCGAACAAACUGAAUUAUUUAACACUAACUGCAAGAAAACAAAAUGCUGAAGCUGCAUUGAGAUUCUUUCACUUCUUUGCAAAUCAGGGAAUGUAUACCUGCUGUAAAAACAUAACGUUUCACCUUGAAGAAAAUUUGGUGACACUUUUUUUACUUGUUUGGUUAUUUUAUAUUUCCAUAUGAUCACCAAUGUUGUAUCAUUUCUUGACCCCUGGAUUUCAUAAUUAUGAAUGUUUACUAGAAACUGUCCUGUGAAAGUGUCUUCAUAAAAAUGUUAGGAAAAAAUUAAGUCUUCAAAUAAAAUGUUUACACAUAGGUAAAUCUAUGAAAUCUAUUAUAUGAAUGUAAAUCUAUUAAAUUUACAUAGGUAAAUCUAAGAAAUCUAUUAAAAAACAAAUAAAAAGUUAGAACUUUUGAUGAGCAUUGGAUAUUUGAAACAUUUUGUAAGAUGCUUUUGUUGAAUACACAUGUUUUUAUUUCUUAAGAGCAGGAAAAAAUUACCCUUUUUAUUCAGUUCAUACUCUUGUCGAUUUAUUUAAUAUGCAGUGACUUUUAAAAAUUACCUUUGCCCCAUUCACAUCCCUAGACCUUCUGUUUGACUAUUAUACGUGUUACACCGCUCCCCACUGCAGAUUAUAUCAGUCAACAUCUGUAAAAUGUUUUGUCUAUUAUUGUGCAUAAAGUAUCAUGAAUUAUAUUUUAAUCUUUUAAUGCUCUGCAUUAAAAGAUGCAGAAUUUUCUUUAAAUUCUAAAUUCUGCACAUUUGCGUCACUCAGAUUGCCACCGCCUGCCCCUUAAUGUGUUUAAAGUUGUGUGUUUGAAUAGAAAAUGGCAACCUAACCUGGUUCACCUCCAUUUUCUGCAUCCAUAAUGGCAUAGUUCAGACGCUUUAAUGGCAACAAUAGGAUCAAUUCACCAGCAUGUUAGGUAUGACAAGAUAAUAUGCUUCACUGACUCUCUUUUAUUCUGGUCCCCUUAGUAACAUUAAAUUGUCAGCAAAUGUUCUUUCUUCUAACCAACCCUUCCAUCAAAAGGUUCCUCUGUCUCAGAAGUCAUUUUUAUACACGUGUAGGUUUAGAACAAGAUCAUGAUUGCUUCCAUUUGGGUCGAUUAGGCAAACUUUAACGGUAUUGAAGCGGAGAUUGUUUUGUUUUUUUUUGUUUUAGUUUUUUCGUGCAAUCUUUAAUUUUCAGGAAAUAAUGGUGAAUUCAGCCUGCUAACUGUGGGCAUCUGUAUGCAAUUAGUGUGCUUCUAGGAGAGACAGGCAUACGCUUUCUACCUUCUGUUCUGUGUAAACAGGAUGUUUUGUCUUUGGUCCUCACUCUGCAGUUUUUUACCUUCUGUCUCGUCUUGUCUGCCUGUAUAUGUGUUUGUGUAUAAGAGAGAGUUCAUAGUUUAUACGGGCUGGACGAUCAGCUUGGAUGACAUUUAGAUAGUCAUUCAUAACGGUCAACCUGUUUGCAGGCCAAGUAGGGACUAACACUAAUAGUUGCUGUUUGGAUAAAUAUAUGAUUUUGUAAUGUUUGUUCAGUCAUCUGAACAAAUAAAAGAAAUUCUUAGGUUAACCUGAGGUUGAUUUUGAACUACUUUUAAAUAAAUAAAUACGAAACAGAGUUAUGGUGGGUUAACUCUGUUUAGUAUUGCAGCUUCUUAUCUAGAUAUUUUUAAAGUCUUUCUACUAAAGUCUGUGAACCAUGAGCAAUUCUCAACCAGUGAGAUGUAGGUUUGGUGGGGGAGGGGCUCAGUCAUGUUUCGGACUGUUGAAUGAGUACCAGACCUUCAGCUGCAUCUUGUCUUCUUAAGUCACUGGGGCCCUCUAAAAUUAGAGGAAGGGAAGAAGAUACCCUGACUGACUGAUUUAAAACAGGCCACAGAUUAGUGAGAUGACACUUUAUAGAAAUAUGUUAGGGAGUAAGGAAUGUAAGAAUAUAAAGUUUUGCAAGUACUGACUGAAAAAGUACGACAAAGUGCUAAAUGUGCAGUCCAAAUGCACAGUGCAGUCAGACAUUUACAUGGAUGUAAUCAAAUUUGGACUUUUAUUCAUGCAUUUGAGCUGUUGUUUUUCCAGGGUGGACUGAUCACACAACUUAAAAAUUCAGAAAGUUUUAACAAUGAGUACCACGUGCAUAGGUUGGAAUUUAUUCUGAAUUCGCACAGUGUUAGAAUUAUACACACAGGCUGAAUUAUACACAUGCUCUCUAACUAAUGUUUGGAUAAAUGUUCCUCAGCAAGUUGUAAAGAAACUACAAGCUUUUUCUAGCCAUCCAUAUGAGCCUAUAAUGUUUUUAUUUUAAUAUUUGACCUUUUUUGAAUCAGAAAUGACAGAGCUCAUUUAAAUUGUUUGUUAUUCAGCAUAGCCAGGAUGGAGCUAAAUUUUAGGUAUAGUCUACACGUUUUCCACUGAGGUCGAAAAGCUGAGGAAUAUUAACGUCUCAGACCAAAUGUUGUUGACUUUGUGAACCAACUGGUUCACAGAGUUCAAUCAGGAUUUCAUACCAUGAUUUCUUGUAUAUUUUUAAUUUGGUUCUUUCCAGUUUAAUUGUAUGUUUGUGGAACAAACUUCCACAAACUUCCAAUUAAACUGUGAGUGAUGCUGUGCCUCGUAAAGGCUUUUAAAAAAGAAAAAAAAAGUUGUAUUUAGUUAUGUUCAAGUGAAGCAGAAAAUUGCAGCUGUAAAAUAGCCAACUUGUCCAUACUUACAAUAAGAGCAAUGAUUAAACAGUAAGUGUAACAAAGAGGCUCCGUGACAACCCAUAUUUUUCUUCCCGUAGUAAGGAUAGCAAGUGACGUAAAUACAAAGUCAUCAAGUCUCCAUAGUAACCUUCAGAUGCUUUGUGCUUUUGUAAAAUUUGACAGAAAACACUCCAAGUGCAAGAUGGAUCAAUUCGUGGAAAAGGACCUUCUGUUAUGUUUUGGGACUGUUUCUACUCCAGAACCCCUGGGAACUUCAUUACAGACCACAGCCAAUAUGAACCUCUUAAAUUAGUCUGAGAUUUUAAAUAAAAAUGUGAUGAUCGGGCGUGCUGUGGUGGCGUAGGGGAUAGCGCGACCCACGUUUGGAGGCUUUGAGUCCUCGACGCAGCCGUCGCGUGUUCGAUUCCCGGAUCCUGCAACAUUUACCGCAUGUCUUCCCCCUUCUCCCUUUCCUGUCAGCCUACUGUCAUAUAAGGGACACUAGAGCCCACAAACGACCCCCUGGAGGGGAGGGGAAAAAAAUGUGAUGAUCUAUACUGGAGAACUGAAAGGGAGUCAUAAACAAGAUCAUGAACUAAAACAUAUGGCCAAAUCAACACAGAACACCAUAGACAAACUGUAACUUUUUCAUGCUCAUCUCAGUCCCUAUUCUGUAUACUCUGACAUUAGAUAAGUAAUUAAAAACUAUUAGGGAGGGAAUAAACGUAUCCAAGCACUGUUAAGGUGAAAAUCACCAGGUUUAUUACUAUCAGCUAAGACCUACAGAUUCUUAAACGUCUAUUUUAUACCCGAGCUCAGAAAAAAUAAAAAAAUAAAAAUGGAAACAGACUGACUCCCUUCACACGUGCAGAAAACAUCUCCAGGACCAUAAUCUUCAAUGUCUUAUGUCUGACAAGUACGGCCAAAUAUUUCACCAGAUUGUUGCUGUGAAAUUUCAUGAGCAUUAAAAUAAAACAUAACAUGACAUUACAUUUAGAUUAAUAAAGUCACAAGAUAUUCGCCUGUAGUAAAAUGUCCCCACCACAGUACUAAAAUAAGAAGUUUUAAUUGUUUACAAAUAAAUUAGAAAGUCUAGCAAAUAAAAAUUUGACAUAAUACACGUGAAAAUUUUAGAAAUAUAAAUCCAAUAUUUCUGCUGGAUUAGUUUUAAUAUGAUGACAAUAUUACAGUCAGUGGUAAUAAAGCUCCAUUGUUGCUUUUAUUGUGCAAACAUAUCACAGAAGCACAAAACAUGUGCUAUGAGUGAACAUACAAGUCCAGAAUUAAGAAAGAAGUGAUUGUUAUUAAUCUGAUGGACUUGGCUGUAAGCAGAUCACAGUCUUCUACAACUUCUGUUUUUCACACCUCCGCCUUCUCUGUUCUUCACUUUUUCUCUGCUAAGCUCUUCUUUUCAUUAGACUUAAGUCCCUGAUUUGUAUUCCAAGAUAACAGUCAAGAUUAAAGUAGGCUUAGAGGAAAAAAACAGCAUCAUUUGCAUGAUGCUUUCACCGAUUAAGCUAAGCGUCCCUCUUAAUUGUGUUGUUUUGCACAUGGUGGGGCUCUCAUGGUGAUACUCUGUAGAUCCCAUUCAUACCAAGAAAUCUUACCAAUUUGCUUCAAUUUCCUGCCCACUUCACCUUGUCUAGUUUACAACCCUACCUUUGGCAUACAUAUGACAGGAUAGGUAAUGGUAUAAUACUGGAUUAUGGUUCAGAAAAUUUAUUUGUGAAUGAUUUUAAGUCUAUCAGCAGCUAAAGAACAACGUGAAGCACACUUCCCUCCUGAUUUUCUCAGUUGUUUCUUUAUCUGUGUGCAAUAGAGACUACCACCUCCCUUUUCUAAUCAAAUAGGCAGCGAGGGCUUGACACAGAUGUAAAUUGCCACACUUUGACAUGAAACUGCCCUAAAUGCAUUACAGGUGAUUUGAUGGGGUUGAGACAGAGGACACUCUUUUGUUAUGGGGGAAGAAGAAACAGACAGCCUAGCACAAAUUACAUUGCUGCAAAAAAAGCAUGCUUUGGCAGAAAACCAAUAAUGAAAAUAUGGUUGUGACUUGUAAAGCCUGAAGCAUCUUGCUUAUGUAGCUUGGAGUCUCUAAACCAAAUCGCAUUCAAAAACAUGAUCCAAAACAUUUUAUUUGGUUAUCGGUCCUCAUAAGGAGGUAACAAGAACCAAACAAAUACAUCUUAGCAAAACAUAUAAAAAACACUCCAUUUGUAAUCUGCAUUUAAUUAAGGCAUAUAUUCAGACUGGGAUUCAGUCUUGUAACAAAUUAUGCUAUCUUCAGGAAACUACGAGGACCCCCCAAAGCUUUUAGAGAAAGCCUUGAGGGUCAUCAAGGUUUAUUUUGGUAAAUGUGAGACAGGUCUUUGUGUUCUUUUUGGUCACCUUAAUCAAGACGAGUGUAGCCUGCAGUGCCUUAGAGGUUGUUCUGGGUUUUUAUGACCUGCUGGAUGAGUUCUGAAUGAGCUUUUAGAUUAAUUUUUGUAGGACAACACGUUCUGUGGAUUCCCAACUGUUCCAUGUUUUUUUUUUCCACAGCUCUCACUGUAGUUCACUGGAGCUCUGUAGCUUUAAAAAUGGCUUUGAAAUAUGUUUUAGCCUGAUAGAUAUAAAUGAUUUUGCUUCCCAUCUGUUGUUUAAUUUCUUUAGAUUGGUGGACGAUAUUGCUUUUCGAAAUCUUUAAGCCUACAUCAUAUUCUCAAACAGUUUCUCUUACUUUUUUGAUCAUGUAAAUUACAUUUUUACUCUGAGCAAUAUUGUUUUAGG